AUGGCUCUCCGCGGACAGACAAGCCCCUUCGGUCCCUAUGGUGGUCUUUGCCGCCAGUUUCUGAUGCGAGACCAGGAACGUCAAGAGGAAACCCCACAGAGACUGGAGCAGCUUGGGGCAGGGUCUGGUGCGGCAGACGUCGAGUACGAGCAGUUUAUGAAGGCCAAGGAAGUGCAGAGGGUUAUGUUCCAGCAAGAGAACAAGACCAUAGUACACCAAUGCGCCGACACGGACAUCAUCGAGGCUACAACAGGGUCCAUUGCAUGCAUCGAUGGGAACCAAGCCGCAGCUCACGUUGCCUACGCCCUCAGUGACUGCGCCUUCAUUUAUCCCAUCACGCCGAGCUCUCCGAUGGGAGAGAUGGUGGACGAAUGGUCCGCGCAAGGCCUGUAUCUCAAAGUUGAUGCGAUCCUGUGA